GUCGUUGUAAGCGCGUUUCUGCGAGAAAAUAUUUUAAUAACAUUGUUGAAAUGACAUGCGCGCAGUUAUUCUAAAUUUGUGACUAAAAACAUACAAAUUAAGUGGAUUUCAGUGGUCGAACAAAGUGACAGUGCUGUGUUUUUCGAUAAUCCUUUGUAAGCUUUUUGAUCGCGUAUGUUUUAAACAUUGGUGCAGUGUUUAUGUUCUAACCGAGGCGCCCGUUUCGUCCGGCGUGCUGGAGGGACGUCGCCCCCGAGGAUUCUUAAUAGAGAUGAGGCGGCGCGGGCGUAUCAUAGUGCGUUCGGCAGCGAGGUGAGACGGUGGCGGGCGGUAUGGACCAUGCGGUGAAAGCGAUGUCGGCGCGCGGGCCGCUCGCGAGGCUGAUGGCGCGGCGCCGCUUUGAGUCCGCGGAGCUUGAAGAGCUGUACGCGCGGUAUGCUUGCAAGCUGCAACGCACCUCCGUUGGAUCUGCUCUUGCGCUGUGGGCCGCCCUAGCUGCAGCGCUCGCCGCCGUCGACGCCACGCGUGGAUGGCGUAGGGCACCCCAGGUGGGUGUACUGAGCGCGCACGCGUUACUAUGCGGCGGCCUGGCGUGGUGGUGCGGGCGCGCCGGUGGCGUAGCCCCCGAGCGACGGUUACCGCGCGCCUGCUGGCUCGCGCUGGCGGGCGGCGGCACCGCGCUAGCCGCCACGCUGCCGGCCUGGUCCCCCGGCGCAGCCGCGGAGGGUGCCGCUCACGUUGUCUGGGCGGUGUUCGCCGCCUACGCUCUGCUACCGGUCGGCGCCCCCGUCGCAGCCGCUUUUGGCAUCUUUCUGCCUAUCGCUCACACUAUAGCGGCGGCGCUCGUUGCUCAUCGCUUUCCAUACCAUGUCUGGCAACAGAUGGUGGGCAACGUGGUGGUGUUUGUUUGUGUGAAUGUUGUGGGCGCGCUGAUGCACUCGCUGAUGGAGACGGCCCAACGGCGAGCCUUCCUCGACACCCGCAACUGCAUCGCGGCCAGGCUCGACAUGGAGGACGAGAAUGAAAAACUGGAACGGUUAUUACUCUCCGUACUUCCGCAACACGUAGCAAUGGAAAUGAAGAACGACAUAAUCUCGCCGGUGGAGGGCCAGUUUCACAAGAUAUACAUACAGAAACACGAGCAAGUCAGUAUACUGUUUGCCGAUAUCGUGGGCUUCACGGUGCUCGCAUCGCAGUGCAGUGCGCAGGAGCUUGUACGGCUGCUGAACGAACUUUUCGGCCGAUUUGAUCAACUUGCCAAUGAUAACCACUGCCUCCGUAUUAAAAUCCUGGGCGACUGUUACUACUGCGUGUCCGGGCUGCCCGAGCCGAGAUCUGACCACGCACGGUGCACAGUCGAGAUGGGGCUAGACAUGAUCGACGCCAUUGCGUCAGUGGUAGAGGCUACAGAUGUACAGCUGAACAUGCGUGUGGGAAUACACACCGGGCGGGUGUUGUGUGGUGUACUAGGGCUCCGGAAAUGGCAGUACGACGUGUGGUCAAAUGACGUCACGCUCGCUAACAACAUGGAGGCUGGUGGGGAACCGGGACGGGUGCACAUAACGCAAGCAACGUUGGAAUGUCUGGGUGGCGCCUACGAGGUAGAGCCUGGGCAUGGGGCCAGUCGUAACGCAUACCUUCGGGAUCAUUCAGUGCAAACGUACUUCAUCAUACCACCUCCCAGGCGGAGAAAAAUGUGCCUAUCGACAGGUGUAGGCCUGGGCUCCGGGUCGCGUCGUAAGCUCUCCUUUAAAAAUGUCUCCAACGUCGUGGUGCAGUUGUUACACUCCAUCAAGUUCAAUGUAGACGUGCCUUUUUCAAACAUGGCCGCCUCACCGCAGGAGCUCAAGGCUAACGCAGCUAGGAAGGUGCUGGACUUGCGGCGCGCGCUGCACGCUGAGCCGGGUUCAGCGGAGGCGCUGCGGCUGGCGACGCUGCGGGCGGAAGACGUGAGCGCCGCGCUGCACCCUCCCCCGGCCUCCGCCCCGCACCACCACACCUUCGACGCCGUCAUGCAGCACCACGCCCUCCGCACGCACCCCACGAAUAAAGUAACUGAGAAGUUCAAACGGCCUCUGAAAAAACGUCACUCGUCUGUGUAUCACCAGCCGACGAAUCGCGUCAACAAGUACCUGGCACAAGCCAUCGACGCGCGCUCCGUGCACCGCGAGAAGGCCACGCACGUGCAUCUCUUGACACUCUGCUUCAAAGAUGGAGCGAAAGAAGCACAGUAUCGAGCGUCAACAGAUGGCGGCUGGGCGGGUUCUCUCGGCGCAGCUCUAGGAGCACUAGCAGCAGCGGGAGUACUCCAAGCGGCAAUACUCCCUCGUACCACAAUACUCCUGUUGCUGUUUGUCACUGCAUUUGCGUGGUCGGCUGCGGUGUUAGCCUUGACUUUAGCCGCAAGACUUCGACUUAUACCUUGCGACGUAUCUCGCCCGUUUGCACUGAGGAAUGCUAUUACCACGUUUACUAUUGUACUCGGAUAUGCCGUCGGUCAAGUUAACGUGGUGACAUGUAGAGAAAUAGAUGUAUGCCGUAAUCUAACCGAGAACGUGACGACUAUGCACGAGAUUCGUCAUACAAGUGGGGAUAUAGCAGCUGCGUUGUGGAGCAGUAGCGAUCACCGUGCGUGCCCCGUCCCCUUGUACAUCACCCUGGGGUGCUGCCUCAGUAUGCUGGCCGUCGCCGUAUUCCUGAGACUGCCAAUACUGAUCAAAGGAGUGCUCUUGGCGGUCAUGACAGCCGGCUACAUGGCAGUUAUCAUGGCGUACCACAAAGACUUGUUUGAUUGCUACGACCUUAUGACUGAGCCGGGGCCGGUGGGGUCUGCGGCGACAGCGUGCGCGUGGACGCUGGCGCUGGCGCUGGCGGUGCUGCUGCACGCGCGGCAGACCGAGUGGACCGCGCGACUCGACUUCCUCUGGCAGGCGCAGGCGCGCGACGAGAAGCGCGACAUGGACGCUCUCCAGGCAUCUAAUAGGCGAAUAUUAUUCAAUCUACUCCCGGCACACGUUGCGACGCAUUUUCUUGACAAUCAGUUUAGGACCAAUAUGGAUCUGUACCACCAGUCGUAUCAGCGCGUGGGAGUUGUAUUUGCGUCAAUCACCAACUACCACGAGUUCUACAUGGAGCUCGACGGCAACAACCAGGGCAUGGAAUGUCUUAGGCUCCUCAAUGAGAUUAUUGCCGACUUUGAUGAACUGCUUGGCGAAGACCGGUUUAGUGCAAUAGAUAAAAUAAAAACAGUGGGUUCAACGUAUAUGGCAGCAGUGGGUCUGAUACCUGAUAAGAAAAUGUCUGACGAAGCCAACUCCCGCAAACACAUGGCUACGUUGGUCGAAUUCGUUUUCGCUAUGAGGGACAAACUGAAAGAUAUUAACGACAAUUCUUACAACAACUUCAUGUUGCGAGUUGGGAUAAAUGUUGGCCCUGUCGUAGCUGGUGUCAUUGGUGCCAGAAAACCACAAUAUGAUAUUUGGGGCAACACUGUAAAUGUUGCAUCUCGCAUGGAUUCCACUGGUCUUCCGAAUCACACACAAGUUACCGAAGAGGUUUAUCAUUUACUCAAAGACUUGCCUUAUCAAUUUGUAUGCAGAGGCAAAGUGAAAGUAAAGGGGAAAGGCGAAAUGACGACCUAUUUUUUAACAGAUAGAGCACCAGCAAAUGGCACUGGAACUAAUCCGACUACUAAUGGGCCAACUCCAAAUCCCCCAACAGCAUAUGGUGGAGUGGCAACACCAUUAGCCAUGUUGCAAAACUCGGCGAGGAGAGCCGCCGCCCAGCCUUCUAGAUUACCGCCCUUGCGGGAAACAUCAGCUGCUGGCGAAAAUGAACCCUUACUGCCGUCUAACGGACAUCAAAGUAAUGGUAAUAAUCAUAAAGGAAGCAAAGGGAGAAGAAAUAAGGAAUCUGAUGAAACGCCGCCGCCGCCACCACCUCAUGGAAUGUCGGGAAACCCUAGGUGGCCACCUCCCAGAGCACUCGUCCCACCUUGGCCGCGGCCUCAAGAACCACGGCCACCUGUUGCUCACAAACGGAGGCCGCCUCCGAGACUGCCCAGACCGCGCUCGAGCGAAAGUUUACCACUUGCCCGCAGUCCGCGCGUGCAUUCCUCUGCCGACGAACUUAGCUCCCUAACUAGAUCUCCAAGUCUCAGUUCCUCUGAUGAAAGUUAUUCUCGAACUACAGAUGCCUCUCCUUCCCCGCCGCGGCCCACGCAGUGGUUACCUCCAUUGAGACCGCAAAGAACAAAUCCUAGUCCCGCAUACGACUACCCACAGGUUAGAGCUACUAAACCUAUACAGAACCACAUCAAUGAAUUGUAUGCGAAACAUAAAAUGAGUAAGAAACCGUCUCUCGACGAUAAAUUUCUCGACGGCAUUAACUUUCACAAGGAGGAAGAGAAAUUACAGCGGAGUAUAAUAAAUAUGCUUCAGGCGUCUGCAAAACGGGACGGGUGCUGUCAGACCGAUAAGAAGGAUGUGUCGAGUCGGUUCACACAUCGAACUAAUUCGUUCUCCAGUACGGGCAGUAGACCGAACAACCUGAAACACUUGAAUCAAGAUAGUAGGGAAGUGUUUACGAAACGAAGUCCGACUGACGUGGUAUGCGUGCCGCCAUUCGAGAGAGAAAUUCAAAGACUACUCGACGAUAAGAGUCAUAUAAAAAACAAUAUGCAGAAAAUAGAAAGAAAAGAAUUAAAGCUGGAACUAAGAGGUCAGAAUCCAGCGUUAGAGCCCGUACGCAACUGCAACAACAACAGCAGCCCGCUGCAUGCGGUGGGGCUGGCGGCCAUCACGCAGCUGGCGCGGCACGAUGCCCCCGCCGCCCCCGCCGCCCCCGCCGCCGCCGCCGGCCCCGCCGCCCCCGCCGCCCCCGCGCCCCUCGCCCACGUGGCGCACGUCCCGUCGCCCCUGCGGCCCACGGCGGCGGACUUCCCCGGCGUGUUGCCCACCGACGUCGUCGUCGAGCUGCCGUCGCCUACACACGACAGGGAACACAACUCUAGUCCACCGUGUACACGGGAGGUUGAAGCGGCAAUUUCUAAAGAGAAACAGGAGAAAGAAAUCCAGGAGAGACUACACAACCGGGUGACCACUUCGAAUCAUAGAGAAAUGGGCCUCUACGGUGAGAGUCAAUCCGAAUGGAGCUCCUCGUGCUCGGAGGGCGAGGGAGACGGGGAGGGUGGACAUCCAGAAAGUACCGGCUAUACGACCGACGACCCAGCUCUCGAGAAUGUCUCGAUGCUGAAUGAAGCGGGGCUCACGGAUGCCGAGGCUGCUCUGAGCGACGUCAACUCGUGCUACUUCGAUCGCGACGACGACGUGUCCUCUCGUGCAUCUUCCCGCUUACUCGACUCCGAGGCGCUGGUCUCCCUCGAGUCGCUCAGCGCCAUCUACGACUCAGACGAACCCGCGCACAGGUACUUAGCGAAUAUCCGGACCGUCACAGAAUCUAUCACGAGAAACUUCGGCCAACCCGCUCAUGUCACCGACGGCGAGAGUGAUGUGUAGUGUUAUGUGAAUCGAACGGUAAGAACUAAACCGUCUAAGGGCAGAUUUGUAUUCUCUGUGUCUUUUUUUACUUUCGGACUAUAUUAUUCUUCAGAUAUUGUGAUAACUAAGAAAUCUCGAAUAUGAGUGAGUAAUCAUGACAAUUUUCUAACUUUUAUUGCUAUUGUGUUAUUAUUAUUAAUGUAGGAAAUUGUGGUGACGAAAACUGUAAUUAGCUCUCUAAUUGAGAAACUUGUAGGG